AUGAAGAGGGGGAGAGCAGUUCUUAUAGUGAAGGUAAUAUUCGUAGUGUGCACUGCAAUCAUGAAUGAUGUCGCCACCGCAAAAGCCGAUCACGCAGAUCGUAUUUUGCCGUUGAAGAAAAAGAUGACGGUUAUCAACGGACUCGAGGGUAAUUUGCAGCUAACGGUACAUUGCAAGUCAAAAGACGACGAUCUUGGAGUUAGGGUGUUGGGACCGGGACAAAGCUUUUACUUUAAGUUCUGGACAUGCGUGUUUGCCUCGACCUUAUUUCAUUGCUCUUUCGAGUGGCCGGGUAGCGGCGGGAUUCAUCGGUUCGAUAUAUACGAUGAUCGGCACGAUUACCUGGAUUGCGCGUAUUGCGAACGGCUUGUCAAGCCAUUCGGGGUUUGUAAGUAUACUGGGCGAACUAAGAAAUUUGACAGGUGUUUUCACUGGAAAAAUGAGAGCAUGUGA